AAAGUCGUUCCAAGUCGGAGUCCUCGGAUAAGGAGGGUACGGUGAAAGGGAAACCGGCCCCGGUGAAACCAGCGCCGGUGGUAGAGGAACCAGCACCUCCACCACCAGCGCCUCCUCCAUCACCACCUUUACCAGAACCGGAGCCGGAACCUCCAGUGCAACCAGCACCAGCACCGCCAGAGCCGGAGCCGGAACCGGAUCCGGAACCACAAACACUGCCAGAGGUGACUCCGGCUAAGGAGUCGUUGGAAGAAACCAAGGAGCACUUGAGUACACAGGAUGCGAUGACGAUGGAAGAAGAUGGCCGAGCGUUCGAUAAUGAGUCACUGAUAGCGGAGGAAUCACUGCCACCGUUGCUGGAACCGGAAGAACCUGUGGAAUCGGUGGUGGUGGAGGAACCAAAACAGCCCGUGAUGGAGGAGAAGCAACAGCAGCAGCAGGAGGUUGAAGACAAGAGCUUAACGGAGCAAACAGAGGACAGCAGCUCGCCGUCAAAAUCGAGUGAAGAUACCGAACAGGCGUCGGUGGUGGAAGAACCACCGAAACCGCGGACUCCGGAACCGGAAGAGCCACCGAAGCCAGUGGAAGAGACUCAACCGGCGCAACCGGCAGCACAGCCCAAGGAAAGGCCCAAGCUGCGAAGGUCGAUGGAAUCGAAGAUGGAAAGUGUGGAGGAAGAGCAACCGAAGCCUCCUCCGGAGUCGCCACCGAAAAAGAUCGACCAGGAGAAGGUAAACCAGACGCGCGGGUUUUUCGUGAGCCUGGAAGAGUCCGAACUGGACGAGCAGAAGAAAAAGCUGAAAGCGAAGAAGAAGCCACGGUUGAAGGAGGAAGAGAUGGAACAGGAGCAGCAGAGCAGCAAGGAUCAGGAUUCGGGCUUCGAGCCAAGUCCGCAGGCGGUCCGUAGUAAGCCCACCAUCUUCGAUCGGCCAACGCACACGGCCACCCUGCCGCGAAGGUCCGCCUUUACGAUGGUGGAGGAACGGGCCGUCAGUUCGCGACCGGAAGGACGCAAACCGGGGGACAAGAAUGCCGUCAACAUGACGACGGUCCAGCAGUCGAUACAUCGCAACAUACGAAGAUAUUAUAUGGAAAGAAAGAUUUUCCAACACUUGUUAGAACUGAAAAGCUUGCAAAUACGAUCGACGAAAGUGAACGAAUCGGUGCUGGUGAAGCGGGCCGUGGACGACUACCACAAGUCGACGAUCGAGCUCGGGUACGAGACGGGCAGCACGCUGAAGCGGUACCCCUACACGGAGUACUCGUUCCGGAACUUUGAGCUCUUCCUGUACGACACGCUCAAAACGCUGCAGAAGAAGGAAACGUACAACUUCCAGAACAUCUCGGAGGUGUAUGACGAGGCCGAACGACGGCUCAGUCCGGAUGUCAGCCGGUACGAGCGAGCCCUGAACUGUACCACCAAAACCCAUCGCUGCCUUCAUGCGACCCACGCCUACACGGGCAUCCCAUGCGCCGCCUACAUACCAAUGAUGAAUCAUCACACGAUACCGAAGCUUGGCUUCGGUGCGUACAAAUCGAGUGGCAGCGGUGGCACGGGUGGCGGCAGCGGCGGCGGCAGCACGGGUGGUGGCGUGGGGAGCUUCUUCUUGCCCAAAAUCCUGACACACACGACCGACCGUAGCUGCCCGGGCGGGAAGGUGGCCCUCGAGCUGACGCACGGUAACAGUAAGCAGGUCAUUACACUGCCAUCGGAGACGCUCGAUAGCAAUAAGCGAUACUACGUCACGUUUACCCUCAAUCCGAACGCUCCCGCCCCGGAUCCGGUCACCAGCAGCAGCCCAACUCAGGCACAGAUCCAGUCCCAGUUCCAGAGUCAACAGCAGCAGCAGCAGCAGCACCACCACCAGAUCCUGAUGCCCAAGAUAACGCUCAGCGCUCAGCACAACAGCACAUCCGACAGCGGCAGCAGCAGCAGCCACAUCGUCCAACGUCCACGAUUUCUACCGUCGACGAACCCCUCCAGAACCAGCAGCACGGGGUACAGUCCCAUACUGCAGACUCACAAUCGCAGUCCCGUACCCUUCCCACAGUAG